AUGUCGUUGUUGUCGAACACUCAAGAGCUAGCACUGGACAAGCCGUUCCUAGACAAAUUCCCCAAGAACUCAAGCUGGGAGAUAGCCUCCACCCUCCCCGCCUUGAUUCCAGCAUCACCAACUAACCCGACUCCAAUUCACAUCCACGUCCAUCACGAACCAACUCGCGUAGCCUACCACAAGGUCGUCGACCUAGUUCCGCAUCUCCUCCCACCCGGUAGUCAUCAGCACCCCGCGCCCGACAUCAUAUUGCACAUCGGCCUCGCCGCGGGCCGGACCUUCUACACGCUCGAGCAAGGCUCCCAUGGCCGAGGCUACGGCAAGAUCCCCGAUGUGGACGGCCAGAGAUUCCUAGAUGAGGAUGCCGAAGCGCGGUUCCCAAAAGACAUCUUUCCGCCCGUCCUGCACACGAGUUUCGACACUGCCGAUGUGCUCGUGCGGUGGAGAGAGGGUCUUGGCCAUCCCCAUCUCGAGGCGGGCCUCUUGCUCGGAGCUGCGCCGGAUGUGAGGAUCAGUCCUGAUGCGGGAAAUUUCAUGUGUGGGUUCAUCUACUACAAUAGCCUUGCGCAUUAUUUUGAGAAGAAGGAAGAUGAGCGGCCGGUGGCAUUCAUGCACGUGCCCGAUCUGAGCGGCAGCGACGAAAAGCUGGCAGUGGGACGAGACGUCGCAAUCGCGCUGAUCAAGGCAUUAGUGGAGAGCAGGAGGCAGGUUGGCGUUGUUGAUGGGAGUGCACGUGUAGCGAAGCAAGAUGCGCUGGAAGUUGUCGCGGGAAUGGACGUGAACUUUGCUUGA